AAUACUAAUGCAAGCGUUAACCGGCGAAGGAAAACAAAAUGUAAGGGUUGACUUAACACGAGUGGGCAUAUGGGUAACUAAUGUCAGUUGCGUACCUGUGAUAACGAAAACAAAACGCAUAAUUCUAGGAAAAGGAAUUUUACUGCAGUAGGGCGUGUGGGGAACUGCAACUUAUAGAAGGUAUUCGGUGUCUUCUCUACAACUCUGGGCACCAGCAAUGACGACAAGAGGUUCUAUUUCGGAGGGUAAACACGAGCUUGACACAGACAAAACUGAUGUUGAGUUUGAGGAAGAGUGCCCUAUACUCUACAAGAUCAAUGAUUCACCUCCAUUCCAUCUUACUAUCUUCUUUGCAAUCCAGCAAAGUCUUAUUUCAAUCGCUCCGUCAGUCAUUACCCCACUGUUGGUAGCCGAAUCUGCAUGUGCCUUAGAUGACGGCAUGUUCAUGAGAAAACUUGUCGGUUCAACCUUAUUGUUGUCUGGUAUAACAACAUUUCUUCAAGUGAAUUUUGGAAUUCGGCUUCCAGUUUACCAGGGACCAUCUGGAUCUUAUACUGUAUCGAUCAUUGCGCUGAAUAAAAUAGAUUCAAGCAGAUGUGAUAUACACACUAUGUUUCCGGGCCUGUUGAACUCAACAGCAAGCAAUGCAACUGAAGCUGAUCUACAAGCAGAGUUGAUUGACAUACGCAUCAGAGAGAUGAUGGGACCUUUGAUUCUGGCUGGAUUUCUCCAUUGUCUAAUCGGUGCUACUGGUCUAGUUGGCAUGUUGCUACGGUUUGUGGGCCCAAUAACCAUCGUACCGACUAUUCUUCUGAUAGGCCUAUACAUUACUAAACCUGCAAUGCGGUAUACAGAGGUUCACUGGGGCAUAUCCUUUAUGACAUGGGCAAUAGCCGUGACUUUAUCCCUGUAUCUAGGACAUAGACCAAUGAUUAUACCUGUAUGGACAAGAAGGAAAGGGUUCCAUACCAUACGAUAUCCUCUUCAUCAAGUAUUUGCUAUUUUGAUUUCAAUUUUAAUUGGCUGGGCAGUUUGUGGUAUAAUGACGGCAGCUGGUGCAUUCCCAACGGAUAAAACCAAUAUACAAUACAAGGCUCGCACGGACGCUCGUGCGGAUGUCAUAUAUGAAUCUGAAUGGUUCUACUUACCCCAUCCAGGACAAUUUGGACUUCCCUUGUUCAGUGUUAGUGCAAUUGUUGGAUUCCUUAUCGCAACCAUUACCUCAAUACUUGAUUCUAUUGGAGAUUACUACGCAACAGCAGCUAUAUGCAGGGUCCCCCCGCCACCUAGUCACGGGAUUAAUAGAGGAAUAGCAGUAGAGGGAUUUUGUAGCAUGAUUUCUGGUUUCUUUGGUGUAGGACACGCAACUACAACUUUCGGCCCUACUAUCGGGGCUAUAGGGAUGUCCAGAGUGGCUAGCCGUCAUGUAUUUAUUACAAUGUCUUGUAUCUAUGUUGUGCUGGGAGUACUUGCCAAGGUGUCUGCAGUAUUUAUCAGUAUACCGUACCCCGUACUCGGAGGCAGUAUCAUCACAAUUGCUGGUGUGUUUGUUGGCGUGAAUUUAUCUAAUUUAAAAGUGAUAGAUUUGUCAUCUACAAGAAAUCUGUCAAUCAUUGGGACAGCAGUGUUUGUUGGUCUUCUUGUACCAAGCUGGAUGGAGGAAAAUGGAAGUGCAAUUGAUACAGGGAUUCGUGAUUUAGAUCAAGUGAUUACGAUGUUUCUUGGAAAUCCAAACUUCCUAGGCGGGUUCAUAGCCUGUUUUAUGGAUAAUACUAUUCCAGACGAAGAGGACAUACAUUGAAUUGACGAAGAUUGCAAAAACGAUAACGACAAAAAUCUAGUAUAUACUUAAUGUGUGAGUAUGGCUUAUGCAAUCUUCACAUUACAGAGUUUUUUUUUUAUUAAUAAAUAAACAAUGAUAAUGACAGCUUUGAACACGGUUUGAAUAUGAGAUUUGUUCACAUGAGAAGCAGAUGUGAUUAGAUAAGAUGCAGUUACCCUAACAGACACAUUGCUAGUAUAGGUCCCUUUGGCGAUACACAAUAUGCCUGCGCAGGUCUUAGCAGUUGCACAAAAAUAUAUAUCGUAGAAUGACACAGUGUUUGAGUGACGCAAAUAUAUAUCUACUGUUACUGCUGAUUUAAAGUUGUUGUGUCCUGAGGUGUAUUGUAUAGAGCAAUUCUCCGAUUUUUCAACAUUCUAAGUCUGGCAUAAUUCAUUUUGUUAGUUAUCGUUGUAUCGAAGUAUAUCAAGGAAAAUUCUGCGAAAUAAAUAUUAAACAUUUUAAAAUCUUAGAAACCAUUAUUAAUGAAUACUAGUUAGGACUAAGUAUCGUGCCACAGCGAUCGAGAUACUGCAGCACACACUUUUCAGGGUAAAGUUUCACAGUACGCAGGAGAACGCAUUACCGAAAUAUUUUUAACAUUUUCAAGGGGAGACCCCAAAAACCCAAUCGGCCGGGAAAUGGAGACCACUUCUUCACCUACCCCACACUCUCAGUAUCUCUGCUUGGUACUAGCUAUGCUGCUCAUAUCUAGCGUACAUUUCAAAAUCAUACAGGUACGCUCCUAAUGUGUUGCAACUUUACGACAGUAAUACUUUUACUGCAAGUUUCAACUUUAUUAAGGUAUGUUCAUCCCCUUUAUAAUUGUAUUAAGUACAACAGUGGAGUCUUCUGUAUUAAAUUUGAGCUCUUUAUUUGUAUAAAAUACGUGAGCCAUCUUAAAUUGAGCGGAUAUUACCCGGUUGAAUUUUAUUUUUAGGAAAAAUCUUUAUCAUAUUUAAAGGGACUGACCUCAUGAUCUUACAACGACAAUGGAAAAAGGAAUAUUUUAAGACAUCAGGAAUUAUUGCUGUAUUUCUUAAGAAGGCUUUGAUACUUCUUUACUGACAUAUUAUAUGUUAUAGAAACAUAUAAGAAUAAGUUACUAUCAAUGUUUCCAUUCAAAACUGAAAAACGUUGGGCACAGGGUAACGAAGGUAAGCUGGCUUAAUUAUAAAGCUUUAUAUAAACGGUAGUUAGUUACGGAUUAUUUUUCUAGAAUAACAGCCCUUCUUCAUUUCACAAAAAUAUUGAGGAAAUUUGGUGUGUCCAACUCCUCAUACACUUUUUGAAAGAAUGGAUUCAAAGUUGCUCAGAUGCACAGUCUUCUCUGAAUCCGAUACGUUAAUAUUAACGGGACACGUAAGUAACAUUGGUUUUUAUCGAAAAAAUAAUAGCUUUUUGCUUUUACUCAUUCAGAGGCUUACCUUGGCAUACGCCGAUACGCCUGUGCGUACAAUUAAAUUCGACACCCGGAAACCGAAAAAGCUUAAAGUGUAAAAAAUGCAAUAAGAUAUAAAGCCUAAAGGGGGUUAGGCGGACAUUUUAAGUUCUUCGUUUAACGAUAUCAUCUGCAUGAGAUUUAUCAAAUUAGUUUUUGAAAUAGAUUUAUUUUUUCCUGCAAUUAUCAUGUAAAUGGUAAGGAUAGAUUUCUUGCAAGCAAAUCCUCACAUCGCCAAUAGGUCCGCCUUAAAUACAGAUGCACACAUGCAUGCACGCACACAGACUGCGAUGACAAAAGGAACACAGUCAGCACCGCCCAGGAACGGGCAAUGGUAACACGUUUGAUACUUUUCUUCAUUCUAAAAUCAUAUAUUGUUUACAAAGAAACAAUUUUAUUGAUAAAAGCUGAACAGGUCCUAUUUACAACAUUUCAUUUAGUUUUUCCCCAGGUGCUCCUCCUUGCAUUAUUACACCCGGGUAGAACCAACGACCUUCCUUAAGCCAGAUGGAUGGUUUCUUCAUAUGAAAAAUUCAACGACCCGAGUGAGGCUCGAACCCACAUCAUUCAGGUGCAAGUUAUUCAAAGUUAGCGACCUUAACCAUUCGGCCAUAGACGUUGCAAGUGAAACAUUGGUAUUCGAGCAUGCAAACAGAAAACAAAAAUACUUCAGUCAUCCGCGGUCUCAAGUAAAACAAGCUUGCGCUUAAUACAACAUUUAACGUCAAUAUCGAUGUACAAUUUAAUCCAGGUCAGGAUACCGAAAUAUGUAAGCAAUUUAUGCAGUUUGAAUUUUCGUUUGCAAAAAAUGAUGUUGCUUACAUUUACUUUCGUGUGAGAAAGAUAUCUCACUAAUUAUUUGAUAAAACUUGACACAUUCGCAAUGUAUGGAUAGAUGCAUUUAACAAAAACCAGUCAAAAUGCAGAUGUAGAAGUCAUGCAUGAAAUUUAAACAUUACGAUGAUCUCAAAAACGAUAACAACAAAAAUAGAAUCCCCUUACACAAUCAAAUCGAGACUCUCUCUCUCUCUCU